AGAGAUUGUUAAGGCGAAAAUUAUUUAAAAAAAUCGUGCAAUUGAAAUUAAUGAUUCAUUCCUUUUAAUAAAUUCACUUUCUACGUUUUAUGAAGACUAACGAACAAUGCUAAACAUUCACAAUUCAAAGAAAACUUGAAUUAAGGAUGAGCAGCGGUGUUUUAUAGUAAAAAAAGGCUUGCGUGGAGUUUCCAAAAAUAAACAAGACAAAAACAAAAAAAAAAAAAAAGGAAAAGAAGAGAAAAAUUUACAAGAUUGUUGCAUUAUUGGCAUUGAUUAUGUCGUUUAACAAUUCUCACGCGAGAGCUGAAAUCAAUAGUGAUGUUACUGACAUAAAUCAUCAGUUUGAAAAGGUUGAAUUGAUUGUACCAACAACUGGUAAAUUAUUUUUCGAGCAUAAGGGCGAAUUGAUAUUUUGUAAACCGCAUUUAAUGCCUCUAAAAUCACAAGCCUUAGAACGUUUAGAGGAAAUGCAACGCGAUACCGCUCGGCAAUUGAUGGAAAAACGUUUGAAAACGCUGUCGAAGAGUAAGAGCUUAAAAACUAGUCAAUAAAGGCUAACGGCGUCACAAAAUAUCCUCGUCGUACAUCAAAUCUAUAUGUAAACAUUCUACUGCAAAACAAAUUAAAAAGGCUGCUUAAAGAACUA